AUGGCUCAAUCCGUCCCACCAGGAGAUAUCCAAACCCAACCAAACGCGAAGAUUGUCUUCAACGCUCCGUACGAUGACAAGCACACCUACCACAUCAAGGUGAUCAACUCGUCGGCCCGUCGUAUCGGAUUCGGAAUCAAGACGACCAACAUGAAGAGACUUGGAGUUGACCCGCCAUGCGGAGUUCUCGACCCCAAGGAAGCCGUCCUUCUCGCUGUUUCCUGCGACGCGUUCGCAUUCGGACAGGAGGACACCAACAAUGAUCGUAUCACCGUCGAAUGGACAAAUACCCCUGAUGGUGCUGCCAAACAGUUCCGUCGCGAAUGGUUCCAAGGAGACGGAAUGGUCCGCAGAAAGAACUUGCCAAUUGAGUACAACCCAUAA